AUGCCUAAGCUGCCGUCGAUGAAAAUUCUGUUAACCAAGGCGAAGUCUCAUCAGUGUCUCUUCAACGAAAUCUGUACUUUCGUUGAUCAAAUCAAUGCAGAAACCACAGCGAAUCAACUGACUGUUCGAAUGGAGAACUUUGACGGGCUCUGGGAAAACAUCAACGAGGCGCUGAAUGCAAUCGAGACCCAUGAUGAUUAUCCCGAUGGAGAUGAAAGCUGUAGCAAGGAGCGUGCAGAGUAUGGUAACCGCUAUUACGACUACAAGGCGAGGAUUUUGGAUCGACUGAAGCAGCUAGAGCAACCUAGACAGGCCACUUCCGAUCGAGCACAGGGCUCUGGGAUGCAUGAUGUGGCGGAACACGUGCGUCUACCGCAGAUUAAGCUGCAAACCUUCGAUGGAAACAUCGACGAAUGGCUAAGUUUUCGUGACCUGUACACUUCGUUGAUUCACCUGAAAGCGGACUUACCUGAUGUCGAAAAGUUCCAUUAUCUGAAGGGCUGCUUGGCGGGGGAAGCCAAGUCGCUGAUAGAUCCACUAGCCAUCACCAAUAUCAACUACCAAGUAGCCUGGAAGACACUUAUGAAUCGGUACAACGACAGCAAGUUGCUGAAAAGACGUCAGGUGCAAACGCUAUUCAAAUUACCGUCUCUCGGGAAGGAGUCUGCUUCCGAACUUCAAUCGUUGCUGGAGAAGUUCGAACGUGUAAUCCAAACUUUGGAUCAAAUCGUCCAGCCAGCAGAUUACAAAGACUUGCUGUUGGUGGAAAUCAUGUGCUCCCGAUUGGACCCAACCACAAGGCGCUGUUGGGAGGAGAAUUCUGCUACAAAGGAGCAGGAUAAGGUGAAGGAUUUGAUCGACUUUCUGCAAACCAGGAUCAAGAUUCUUGGAUCCCUUCCGUUGAAACCUUCCGAGAAAAGAGAAACGCCGAAGAUGCCUUCCCGAAAACCAUCGCUCACCCGAUCGAGUCACAAUGCAGUUUACAGCACUGGAUUACGCUGCUUAGCUUGUUCAGAAUCCCACCUGCUCUUCCAAUGCCCAGCGUUUCAGAGGAUGUCUGUGUCAUCUCGAGAUAAACUGCUACGGAGCCAUUCGCUGUGCAGAAAUUGUUUCCGACGUGGUCACCAGGCCAACGAGUGCACGUCGAAAUAUGUCUGCCGUAGCUGCAAGGGAAAGCAUCAUACACUAGUGUGUUUCCAUUCCGAAAAUACCUCUAGAAGAGGUGCCUCUGCUGAUCGACCAAGCACCAGUAGUGCACAGUUUUCCAGUGAGACUAAUUCCAACGCAGUCGAUACAACAGUGUCUUCCAAUAUGGCGAUCAACCACUCAGCUCCAGUAUUGCUGGCCACCGCCAUCGUUCUAGUGGAGGACGAUGAAGGAGUAGCUUUUCCAACUCGGGCGCUUCUUGAUUCAGGAUCGGAAUGUAAUUUCAUGGCAGAGCGCCUCUGUCAGAAAAUGAAGAUUAAGCGAAAGCGCUCGAACAUCGACGUUGUGGGAAUCGGACAGUCCAAUAUGAAGGUGCGACAUCGCGUCCAAGCCAAAAUCAAGUCGCGAGUUUCACCAUUCUCGCAGAGCAUGGAAUUUCUCAUUCUUCCGACCGUUACGUCGAAUCUUCCAACUACAAGUGUCCGACGUGCAGAUUGGAAAAUACCUGAAGGUGUAGAACUGGCAGAUCCAUCCUUCUUCGAAUCAGCUGCUGUCGAUCUGGUGAUUGGUAUCCAACAUUUCUUCGAUCUCAUCAAAUCCAGAAAGAUAUCUUUGGGAAAUGGGCUCCCGACGUUGAAUGAGUCUGUUUUUGGCUGGAUUGUUUCUGCAAUGGCUACCGAUUUCGAGGAGCUGAUCAAUCGGUUUUGGAGCUGCGAAGAAUUGGAAAUCAGCAACAACUAUUCCCCAGAAGAGGAGAGAUGCGAGGAGCAUUUCAAACGAACCGUGCGGAGAUCCGAAAAUGGACGGUACACCGUGUCGUAUCCAAGGAACCAUGACAAAUUAGUCGAAUUGGGCGAGUCAAGGGACAUUGCGCUUCGACGACUUUUAUGGUUGGAACGUAGACUGGAUAGGGAUCCAGAGCUACACGAGCAGUACAAGCAGUUCAUGGUGGAGUACGAAUAA